UAGUCUAGGGGUUGUGCUCCCGAGACUGAGCGUGCGUCACGGGGGUAUGGAGCCCCGGGGCGGUGGGCCUAAGGCUAAUCUCUGGAGUUUCAAAGCAGUUAAAGCUGGAACAUUAAGUAUUUCACUUUCGCGGCGGUUUUAAUAUUUCAAGUUCCUCUUUCUCCUCAGGGCCCUCGCCCCACCUUACUCCUGUCACCAAGGGCAGGUGCUAUUUUCUGCUCCUGCCUGAGCAGAGGAACCCAAGCCUAGUGAGGCUAGGUUGAAGACUAUUCCAGAAGCAAGUAAAGCAGCAAGUAAAGCCAGUGUCAUGACCCAGCCCAGCAGAACCUCUGGGAGAACAGAGUCUGAGUAGCGGGAGGUGGGGUGGUGCUGGGAGGAGGGUUUUAGUGUUCUGGGUCCCCUCAGACAGGAGACGAUUGGGCCGUUGGGAUCUCUUCAGGCAGUAGACUGAGGCGCGGAGGCACUCUCAGGGGACAGGGUUGGAGGUCGUGGUUCUUCAGACAGGGUGCGAGCGUCCGCGUGCCCUCAAGCAGUUCUGGUUGCCUCAGGCCAGAAAGAAUGGCGGUGAAAUCACGGGUUCCUGGACUCAGGUCUAUGCAGCCGCGCGGCCGGCCCGUGAAAAAGUGGGUCACCGGGUGGAGCGUGGGCGAUUGCAUCGCGGGGCCAACAGUCGUCGCGGGCGGUCCAGCGGGUCCCUGAGUGCCCGCGGCCACUGGUUAGGUGCGGGCGGUGAGUGAGGCACAGCUUUCCCUGGCUUCCGGGCUGCGAGUGCGGACCACGGCAGGUGCCCUAAGUGGUGAACAUCUUCAACUGGGGGAAAAUGACAGUGUUCAAGAAGUUAAAACUUCUUCUCUGGAAGAAUUUCAUCUUAAAGAAGCGGAAGACUCUGAUAACACUUCUGGAAAUCUUGAUGCCGUUAAUAUUUUCUGCAAUUGUAUUGUAUCUUCGUUUCAAUCAUAUGCCAAAAUAUGUAUUGUCUACUAACUACAAAGCAAUUGAUAUCAGUUUACUGCCAGUGUAUUUCCAUAAUUAUCCUCUGAAAAGUAAAUUUCAGUUGGUUUAUAUCCCUUCCAAAAGCGAGACUUUGAAAGCUGUUACUGAAAUGGUGGAACAGACCUUUGCUGUUGACUUUGAAGUUCUAGGCUUUCCUUCAGUGCCUUUAUUUGAAAACUAUAUAAUAAAGGAUCCCAAGUCUUUCUACAUAUUGGUGGGAAUUGUUUUUGACCAUAGCUUCAAUAGCAGCAAUGAACCUUUGCCACUUGUGGUUAAGUAUGACUUGCGCUUCAGUUAUGUUCAGAGGAACUUUGCACCAUCAUUGAAGCAUUUAUUUUUUCCAGAGGAGAUAGAAGGCUGGUGCACAGCCUUUCUUUAUCCUCCUAACCUAAGCCAAGAACCCCGGGAAUUUGCAUAUGCUGAUGGGGGAAACCCUGGCUACAACAAAGAAGGCUUCCUGUCAAUACAGCAUGCAGUAGACAAAGCCAUUAUGUGGCACCAUGCUCCCAAUGCAACAUCCAACAUGUUCAAGAAUCUCAAUGUACUGCUGCAAAGAUUCCCAUUUGGGCCCCAUGUCCGGGACCCAUUCUUAGUGAUCCUCCAGAACGAAUUCCCUCUAUUCCUCAUGCUCAGCUUCAUUUGUGUUGAGCUCAUAGUCAUCAAUUCCAUUUUGCUGGAGAAGGAGAAGAAACUGAAGGAAUAUAUGUGUAUGAUGGGAUUGGAGAGCUGGCUGCAUUGGGUUGCUUGGUUCAUUACGUUCUUCAUUUCUGUGUUAAUUGCUGUUUCUGUUAUGACCAUUCUUUUUUGUACCAAGGUAAACAAUGUGGCUGUGUUCAGGAACAGUAACCCUAGCUUGAUAUUUAUUUUUCUAAUGUGUUUUGCCACUGCCACAAUUUUCUUUGCAUUCAUGAUGAGCACAUUCUUUCAAAGAGCGCAUGUAGGAACUGUAAUAGGUGGCAUCGUCUUCUUCUUGACUUACCUCCCCUACCUGUACAUCACUUUCAGCUACCACCAGAGGACCUAUAUCCAAAAGAUAGCCUUUUGCCUCUUCUCAAACGUUGCCAUGGCAAUAGGAGUCCGAUUCAUCUCUCUGUUUGAAGCAAAAGGCACAGGCAUCCAAUGGAGGAACAUAGGCAGUGUCCGAGGAGACUUUAGCUUUGUUCAGGUGCUGGUGCUGCUCCUGUUGGACUCACUCAUGUACUGUCUGAUAGGCUUUUCGGUGGACUCUAUCUUCUCAGGAAAGUUUGGAAUACCUAAGUUUUGGUACUUCCUUGCCAAGUGCCUGCCUUGUCUCAAGAAGCCUGUUCCAGUAGUACUGCCACUUCUAGACAUUGGGGAUCCUGAGAAACCUUCAAGAAGAGAGUUCAUGCAGGAUGGGCCAACUGAUCAAAUGAAAGCAAUCGAAAUCCAACAUUUGUAUAAGGUUUUUUAUAGGGGAAGGAGUAAACGCAUAGCAGUCAAAGAUCUGAGCAUGAACCUGUAUAAGGGACAGAUCACUGUUCUCCUGGGACACAAUGGAGCAGGGAAAACCACGAUCUGCUCCAUUCUUACAGGUCUUAUUUCUCCUUCAAAGGGAGAGGCAUAUGUCAAUGGGUAUGAAGUUUCAAAAGACAUGGUUCAAAUUAGGAAGAGCCUGGGCUGGUGCCCACAACAUGACAUUUUAUUUGAUAACUUUACAGUAACCGACCAUCUUUUUUUCUAUGGGCAGUUGAAAGGCCUGUCUCACCAGAACUGUCGUGAAGAAGUAGAGGAGAUGCUGCACCUCCUCAGUCUGAAGGACAAAUGGAACUUGAGGUCCAAGUUCCUGAGUUGUGGGAUGAAACGCAAGCUCUCACUUGGCAUCGCCCUCAUAGCCGGUUCUAAGGUGCUGAUUCUGGAUGAGCCUACCUCAGGCAUGGACUCCACCUCUAGGAGGGCCAUUUGGGACAUUCUUCAGCAGAAGAAGAGUGAUCACACUAUCCUACUGACGACCCAUUUCAUGGAUGAAGCUGACCUGCUGGGGGACUGCAUUGCCAUCAUGGCCAAGGGGGAGCUACAGUGUUGUGGGUCGCCACCAUUCCUCAAACAAAAAUAUGGUGCAGGGUAUUAUAUGACUUUGAUAAAAACACCUCUCUGUGACACAGUGAAACUUUCUAGUGUGGUUUAUCAUCACAUACCAAAUGCAGUUUUGGAGUCCAGCAUUGGAGAAGAAAUGAUAUUCAUACUUCCUAAGAAGAAUGUGUCCAGCUUUGAAGCUUUAUUUACUGACUUGGAACAGAGACAGACAGAGCUGGGAAUCUCCACUUUGGGAGCCUCUGUCACUGCUAUGGAGGAAGUAUUCCUACGAGUUUGUAAGUUGGCUGAUUCUACCACAAAUAUCUUAACUGAGAAGCGACCCUCUAUCCAUCCUCAUCCCCGAAUUCACAGAGUUCCUGUUGACAGAAUUAAAUAUCUUCACUCAAGGAUCUUCUCAAUGAAGACUGGCCUGCCAAUCAAACUAAAUACUGGACUCUGCCUUCUCUGCCAACAAUUCUAUGCCAUGUUCCUGAAAAAGGUCACAUAUUCUUGGCGCAACUGGAUGCUGAUGUUGUUUGUGCAGAUUCUGCUGCCUCUGGUGAUCAUUAUGUUAAGCCUCACUUUUUUUGACUUCAAAUUAAAGAUAAUGGAAAAUGUACCCUUGGAGCUGACUUUAAAAACACAUGGUCAGACUAUUGUUCCAUUUUUUGUUUCUAAGAAUUCCCACUUGGAUCCUCAACUUUCAGAUUAUUUUAUAGAGAUGCUUGUGGCUGCAGGACAGAUUCCUUUGCAUAUUCAAGGUCCUGUAGAGGACUUCCUACUGAAAAAAGCAAGAGAGGCUCCUGAGGACUUUGAUAAGCUCUAUGUGGUGGCAGCUUCUUUUGAAGACAUGAAUAACCGCACCAUAGUGAAGGCACUGUUCAACAACCAGGCAUACCAUUCCCCGGGCAUGGCUCUGGCUCUGGUGGACAAUUUUCUCUUCAAGUUGCUUUCUGGUGCCAAUGCUUCCAUUACCACAACCAACUACCCUCAACCUCAGACAGCCGAAGAGCUCUCAGAGAGUAUCUUGUACCAGGGCCCUAAAGGACAUUACCUUGUUAUCAACUUUCUUUUUGGAAUAGCUUUCCUGUCAAGCUCUUUCUGCAUCUUGACAGUCACAGAGAAGAACAUUAAGUCUAAGCACAUCCAGUUUGUAAGCGGCGUCAGUGCAGUUGCUUUCUGGCUCUCUGCUCUGCUAUGGGAUCUCAUUUCUUUCCUUGUUCCCACUCUCCUGCUAGUGUUGGUGUUUUUGUGGUAUAAGGAAGAAGCUUUUGCACAUCAUGAGAACACCCCAGCAGUGAUCUUGAUAAUGGUACUGUAUGGCUGGGCUGUCAUCCCCUUCAUCUACACAGUCAGCUUCUCUUUCAAAACUCCUGGGAAUGCCUGUGUUAAGCUCGUGGUAAUACUCACCUUCUUGAGCAUCAGUCCCCUCAUGCUUGUCACGGUCACAAGUGAAAAAGACCUUGGCUAUGCAGAAUUCUCAAAUUCCUUGGAUCACAUGUUCUUAAUACUUCCUGGACAUUGCCUGGGAAUGGCUUUUUCCAACUUGUACUAUAACUUUGAACUUAAAAAGUUUUGCAAUGCUAAGAACUUGAGUGAUAUUGACUGCAAUGAUGUUUCAGAAGGAUAUGUGGUCCAAAAGAACAUCUAUGCCUGGGAAUCUCUGGGGAUAGGGAAAUACCUGACAGCUUUGGCUAUCUUGGGACCUGUGUACAUCACCCUGCUUUUCCUCAUUGAAGCCAAUACAUUCUGCAUACUGAAAUCCAAGCUAUCUGGCUUUUCUAGGAAGGAAAAAAUGGGAAUGUUCCUUGAUGAGAUGGAAGAUGAAGAUGUAUUAGAAGAGGCAAAAACCAUCAAGUUUUAUUUUGAAACAUUAAUAAAGAAAAAUCCAGUUAUUGUUAAAGAAGUCUCAAAGGUCUAUAACAAGAAGGUACCUCUGCUGGCUGUAAACAAGGUGUCCUUCACCGUUGAAGAAAAAGAAUGCUUUGGCCUUCUUGGCCUCAAUGGAGCUGGGAAGACUUCCAUUUUCAACAUGCUGACUGGGGAGCAGCCCAUCACUUCAGGGGAUGUCUUUGUCAAGGGUUUCAACAUCAAGUCUGACCUUGUGAAGGUGCAGCAGUGGAUUGGUUACUGUCCUGAAUUUGAUGCCCUGCUAAACUUCAUGACAGGAAGAGAGAUUAUGGUCAUGUAUGCCCGUAUCCGGGGCAUUCCUGAGUGCCACAUUAAAACCUGUAUAGACCAGAUCCUUGAGGAUUUACUCAUGCGUGUGUAUGCAGACAAGCUGGUAAAGACCUACAGUGGCGGUAACAAGCGCAUGCUGAGCACUGCCAUUGCCCUCAUUGGAGAGCCCGCAGUCAUCUUCCUGGAUGAGCCAUCCACUGGCAUGGACCCUGUGGCCCGGCGCCUGCUCUGGGACACUGUGGCCAGAGCCCGUGAGUCUGGCAAGGCCAUUGUCAUCACCUCCCACAGUAUGGAGGAGUGUGAAGCCUUAUGUACCCGGCUGGCCAUCAUGGUUCAGGGCCAGUUCAAGUGCCUGGGCAGCCCACAACACCUCAAGAGCAAGUUUGGCAGCGGCUACUCCCUGCAGGCCAAAGUCCAGAGGGAAUGGCAACAUGAGGUGCUAAAGAAGUUUAAGGCAUUUGUGGAAAUGACCUUCCAAGACAGCAAUCUGGAAGAUGAGCACCAAGGCAUGGUUCAGUACUACCUGCCUGGCCACAACCUCAGUUGGGCAAAGGUGUUUGGCAUUAUGGAACAAGCCAAGAAGGAUUACAUGUUGGAAGACUACUCCAUCAACCAGGUGUCUCUGGAGGACAUCUUCCUGAGCUUUACCAGCCCUAUGUCCUCCCCUAAAGGAAAAUUCCAACAAGAGCAAGCUGUCCUAGCCAGCCCCUUAACCCCCUCUCACUCUAAGCCUAUCUCACUUCCUCCCUCACAGUCCUCUUCUCAGCCUCCCAAACCACAUCCAUCUCCACCCCCCUCAGAGCCUGUACUACUGUAAUAAAGAUCCUAGCAAAGAGUAGCCUUUAUGAGGACAGCCUG